UAUAUAUACAACUCAAACUCCACCACCAACCUAGUAGGUCUUCAAAUUUCCCUUUCCCCUUAACUGUUGCUGUAAUGGAGGCCUGACCCAAGUGAGCGAAGAAGAGGCCACGUACCGGUAGAAGAAGAGAGAGAUCGCUUUCUUCAGGCCCUUCUAAGCUCAGCUUAAAUAAAUAAAUUAAAUAGAUAGAAAAUAAAAUGGGGAACGAUAGUAAGCCCAUUUCCUUGGAGGAUGUCAAGAAUGAGACGGUGGAUCUCGAGAAGGUUCCUGUCGAGGAAGUGUUCGAGAACCUGAAAUGUAGCAGGGAGGGGCUCUCCUCCGAAGAGGGGGAAAAGCGCCUGCAAAUAUUUGGCUACAACAAGCUCGAGGAGAAAGAGGAGAGCAAGCUCAUCAAGUUCUUGGGCUUCAUGUGGAAUCCCCUCUCAUGGGUCAUGGAGAUCGCAGCCAUCAUGGCCAUCGCCUUGGCCAAUGGAGGAGGCAAGCCCGCAGACUGGCAAGAUUUCGUCGGAAUUGUGGUCCUCCUCAUAAUCAACUCCACCAUCAGCUUCGUCGAGGAGAAUAACGCCGGCAAUGCCGCAGCUGCCCUCAUGGCCGGCCUCGCCCCCAAGACCAAGGUGUUGCGGGACGGAAAGUGGUCGGAGCAGGAGGCGUCGAUCCUUGUCCCUGGUGAUAUUGUCAGCAUCAAGCUCGGAGAUAUCGUCCCCGCUGAUGCGAGGUUGUUGGAGGGUGAUCCGUUGAAGAUCGAUCAGUCCGCGCUUACCGGUGAGUCUCUCCCCGUUACAAGGAUGCCCGGCGAUGAGGUUUUCUCCGGCUCCACCUGCAAGCAGGGUGAGAUCGAGGCAGUUGUUAUUGCCACCGGUGUUCAUACUUUCUUUGGGAAGGCCGCUCACCUCGUCGAUAAUACUAACAAUGUCGGUCAUUUCCAGAAGGUUCUCACCAGUAUCGGUAACUUCUGCAUUUGCUCCAUUGCGGUCGGGAUGUUGAUCGAGAUCAUUGUCAUGUACCCGGUCCAAAAGAGGAAGUACAGAGAUGGGAUCGACAAUCUCUUGGUCCUCCUCAUCGGAGGUAUCCCGAUCGCCAUGCCCACAGUGCUGUCGGUCACCAUGGCCAUCGGCUCACAUAGGCUGUCAGAGCAGGGGGCUAUCACCAAGAGGAUGACGGCCAUUGAGGAGAUGGCAGGUAUGGACGUCCUCUGCAGUGACAAGACCGGGACUCUAACCCUCAACAAGCUCACCGUCGACAAGAGCCUCAUCGAGGUCUUCGCCAAGGGUGUCGACAGAGACGGAGUUGUUUUGUAUGCUGCGAGGGCCUCUAGGAUGGAGAACCAGGACGCUAUUGAUGCUUCCAUUGUCAACAUGCUCGCUGAUCCUAAGGAGGCGAGAGCCGGGAUCAAGGAGGUGCACUUCCUUCCCUUCAACCCAGUCGAGAAGCGCACGGCCAUCACCUACAUCGACGAGAGCGGAAAAUGGCACAGGGCAAGCAAAGGCGCACCCGAACAGAUCAUCGACCUCUGCAACAUGACCAAAGACGCCAAGCAUAAGGUCCACAAGAUGAUUGAUCAGUUUGCUGAUCGUGGCCUUAGAUCAUUGGGUGUUGCAAGGCAAGAAGUCCCAGAGGCAACCAAGGAGAGCGAGGGCGCACCGUGGCAGUUCGUGGGGUUGCUCCCGCUCUUCGAUCCACCGAGGCACGACAGCGCUGAGACCAUCCGUCGUGCCCUAAACCUCGGCGUCAAUGUCAAGAUGAUCACAGGUGAUCAGCUCGCUAUCGGUAAAGAGACCGGAAGAAGGCUUGGUAUGGGGACUAACAUGUACCCGUCCACUAUUCUUCUUGGUGACAAGAACAACGAGCUUGACAUUGAUGAGCUUAUCGAGAAGGCUGACGGAUUUGCAGGAGUCUUCCCAGAGCACAAGUACGAGAUCGUGAAGAGGCUACAAGACAGGAAGCAUAUCUGCGGUAUGACGGGUGACGGUGUCAACGACGCUCCGGCCCUGAAGAAGGCUGACAUUGGUAUCGCCGUCGAUGAUGCGACCGAUGCUGCACGAAGCGCCUCUGACAUCGUUCUCACGGAGCCCGGUCUGAGCGUCAUCGUCAGUGCAGUCCUAACUAGCCGUGCCAUCUUCCAGAGGAUGAAGAACUACACCAUCUACGCUGUAUCCAUCACCAUCCGUAUUGUCUUUGGCUUCAUGCUCAUCGCCCUCAUCUGGAAGUUUGACUUCUCUCCCUUCAUGGUCCUCAUUAUCGCCAUUCUUAACGAUGGUACCAUCAUGACCAUCUCCAAGGAUCGCGUCAAGCCCUCGCCUCUCCCUGACUCCUGGAAACUCAAGGAGAUCUUUGCCACUGGAAUCGUUCUUGGAGCCUACCAAGCGAUCAUCACCGUUGUCUUCUUCUAUCUUGUCCACGACACCGACUUCUUCCCUGAGAAAUUCGGAGUGAAGGAGAUCAGAUACAACCCGGAUGAGCUCACAGCGGCACUCUACCUCCAAGUGAGCAUCAUCAGUCAAGCUCUGAUUUUUGUCACCCGAUCAAGGAGCUGGUCCUUCAUUGAGCGGCCAGGGUUCCUGCUCGUCUUCGCCUUCUUCGCUGCACAGCUUGUGGCCACCUGCAUCGCUGUGUACGCCAGCUGGAGCUUUGCGAGGAUCCGAGGCAUCGGAUGGGGAUGGGCGGCAAUCAUCUGGGUCUUCACCGUCAUCACCUACAUUCCUCAAGAUAUCCUCAAGUUCAUCAUUCGUUACGCCCUCAGUGGCAAAGCCUGGGACACCCUCAUCCAAAACAAGACGGCUUUCACUUCCAAGAAAGACUAUGGAAAGGGAGAGAGGGAGGCGCAGUGGGCUUUGGCUCAGAGAACCCUGCAUGGGCUCGACACGCCAGGGCUCUUCAACGACAAGAGCGACUACAGAGAGCUGUCGGAGAUCGCUGAGCAGGCGAAGAAGCGUGCUGAGGUUGCCAGGCUCAGGGAGCUGCACACGCUCAAGGGCCGCGUUGAGUCUGUGGUGAAGACGAAGGGUUUGGAUAUUGAGGCCAUCCAGCAGAGCUACACUGUUUAACUCCAGGGAUCCAAAAAUUUUUUUCUUUAA